AUGGUCGCCGUCGACAGCGCUACGCUCGGAUUCCCUCGCAUGGGUCCGAACCGUGAGCUUAAGUUCGCACUCGAGAAGUUCUGGCGUCACAAGCUCAGCGAGAGCGAGCUCUUGGCCGUCGCCCACGCUGUGGAGGAAGCCAAUUGGCGCAAACAAUUGGACGCCAACGUCUCCCGCGUCGGCGUCGGUCUCUUCUCGCUCUAUGACCACGUCCUCGACUGGACGUACUACUUAGGUCUCGCCCCUCCCCGCUUCGUCUCUGUCCCUUCGGGUCUCUCGCAGUACUUUGCGAUGGCCCGAGGCGUCGACGGCAUCCCAGCGCUUGACAUGACCAAGUGGUUCGACUCGAACUAUCACUAUGAAGUGCCCGAACUUAGCGCUACGUCGAUGCCGUCUGCGAACUUUAGCACGUACUUAAGCACCGUCAAGCGCGCGUUAGCAAUCGUGGGAGCCGCUCAGACUGUACCCAUUCUGCUCGGUCCACUGACGUACCUCGAUCUCAGUAAGUACGACUCCAACACCACGUUUGACGAGCUCCUGACCAAGAUCCUCCCACUCUAUACUUGCCUAUUGACUGAACUCGCUGCACUUGGCGUCAAGGAGGUUCAAGUACACGAACCGUCACUCGUCGGUGCCCACGCAGACCGAUUGGCCACUCACUUGACCACUGUAUACGGCUCAAACGACCACCAAGGCGCGAUCCAGCACGAGUCGAUUGCACUCAACCUGGUCACGUACUUUGAAGAGGUCUCAAGUGACGUGUACCAGUGGUUCCUCCACUCGCCUGUAGCAGCCAUUUCGCUGGACUUUACCCGAGGGGACAACCUCUCAAUGCUGCAGAAGUUCGGGUUCCCUGCUGGUAAACGCCUUGGCGCUGGACUCAUUGACGGUCGCAGUGUGUGGAAAUUCAACCCCGACACGGUCUUGACGCAGGUGAAGGAGAUCCAGAAGGUGCUGGCCGCUUCGGAGAACACGUCGCUGACUGUACAGACGAGCUCGUCACUGCAGCACGUGCCGUACACGACUGGGUGCGAAGAAGCGCUGAAUGCUGGCGAGACGGACGGGCUCCUGGGUGUGCUGAGCUUUGCGUACGAGAAACUGUCGGAGCUGGAGGUGGUGAAGAAGAUUGCCGAGAGUGGGAAUGAUGUGGCGAAGGCCGAGAUUGAGUCGGCAAAGAAGGCGUGGGCCGUGUACUAUGAGAAGAACCCUGCAAAAGCAGAGGUGCAGUCCCGUCUGGCUGCUGUCACGGAGACAGACUUUAAGCGUCCGUCGCCGUUUGCUGAACGUCGUCCGUCGCAGUUGAAGGGCCUACCGGUGCUGCCUACGACUAGCAUUGGGUCGUUUCCUCAGACGCCUCAGAUUCGUGCGCUGCGUCGCAAGCUCAAGGCUGGUGAUAUUUCGUUGGAGCACUACCGCGGCAAGAUUGACGAACAGAUUGCUUAUAACAUUGGCGUCCAGGAAGCACUGGGUCUGGACAUUCUUGUUCAUGGUGAACCUGAGCGUACCGACAUGGUCGAGUACUUUGCGGAGAAGCUGAAUGGGUUUGCGUUCACGCAGAACGGAUGGGUCCAGAGUUACGGGUCGCGCUGCGUGCGCCCUCCAAUCAUUUUCGCUGACCUCGAACGUCCGAGCGACAUGACUGUGCGUGAGUUUGUUGUGGCGCAGUCGUUCACGACGAAACCAGUGAAGGGCAUGCUCACUGGUCCCGUGACGAUCUUGAACUGGUCGUUCCCGCGCAAGGACAUUAGCCGCAAGGAUCAGGCUUUCCAGCUUGCGUUGUGUUUGCGCGACGAGGUCGCUGAUCUGGAGGCUGCGAAGUGCGUGGUUAUCCAGGUUGAUGAGCCUGCUCUUCGCGAAGGCAUGCCACUCAAGCCUUCCAAGAAGGACGAGUACCUGAAGUGGGCCGUGGAUGCGUUCCGUUUGUCAACUGCUGUCGCCAAGAACGAGACCUCGAUUCACACGCACAUGUGCUACUGCGAGUUUGCGGACUGCAUGCACGCGAUCGAUGCUAUUGACGCGGACGUGAACUCGAUUGAGAACGCCCGUUCGGACGAUGAGACGAUCCGUGAGUUCAAGUCGAUCGGUUACAAGCGUGACCUGGGUCCCGGCACGUACGACAUUCACUCGCCUGUGGUGCCGCCAAAGGAAGAGAUUGUCAAGAAGCUGAAGAGCUUCUUGAACCUGUUGCCUGCUGCGCAAGUUGUCGUGAACCCCGACUGCGGUCUCAAGACCCGCAAAUGGCCCGAAACCAUUGCCGCUCUGCGCAACAUGGUCGAUGCUACUCUCGAAGUCCGCGCGUCUUUGUAA